UUUAGCUACAUGACCUAUAUUUCAUACAAGUUGUUUAGCCGCCAUUUUGGCCCAAAUUCAAACAACCGGUCUUGUCUGUGUCAGAGACAUUCAAGGAAAUGUAAAAUAAUGGUUAAAAUACUUAAUUUUAUUCCCAGAGAUCAUUUGACGAGCUGUUGACAGCUCUUUGGGGAAUAAAGAUGGCGAUCGUUGGCUGGAUGUACGCCGCUUUCUAUUACAUAGGAUUGGAAUUUGUGGCAUUUGUUUUGGUCGAUGUGAUUGUGAAAGCUCCGUUGCGAGAUGCGACGAACGAGCAGGAAAAGCGAACCAUUUGGUUGUACGAGUCUGUGGGUCUGAGCGUGCUAUGCCUGCUACUCUACUCCCUGCACCAUGUACCCUACCUGCUCCUCCUGCUGACGGGGGUGACCUUUGUGUACACGCAGCUGCUGGGGCGCACAGGCCUGGCCAAUGUCGUGGCCAACCUGCGAGCACACUGGGAGAACCACUUACAGCACGAGGAGAACAUGAAGCAGAUCGAACGACAGAAACAGCAGCAACAACAGCUGCAGCAGCAGGCUCUUGGCAUGGCAGGCCUCAACCACAACACCGUCGCCGAGCUCAACACGUUCAACGGGCACAACCAGCAGCAAGGCUACGGCUUCAACUUCCCCUUCUUCAACAAACAGGGCAGCCUGCACUACCCGCCCAACGCGACGGUCGUGCCGGGACAGGACAGGCCCACCUACUCCAUGAGCCCGACCUCUGCGUCGUAUCAUGACGCCGUCAAACAGAGCCGGGGGCUGUACCACCACAGCGGCGGUGGCGCCACCUGUGGUCAGAUCAGCCAGAACUGGAAUAACGUGAACAGUGUUCCCCCCUUGGAGAGCCACCAGUACAUCCCAUCCGCCGCGACCACCAUGGGCCGCAGUCAGUACGACAGUGGCGUCUCCUCUCUUCACCACAGCUCAGACCUGGCGGCGGACAGGCGUAGCGUUCUGCCUACAGCCAAUCUGCAGCGCCGAUCUCUCAGACCAAACGUGGGUGGCAAGUUGUUGCCUCGCCCUCUCCCAUCAUCCUCCUCCAUUAAAUCGAAAUUUAUGAACGUCAUGGGGUUCGGUCCUUCUGUUCCCAAGCCAGUGGGCCUUGUGAACAAUGGUCAGAACAUGUGUUUUAUCAACUCUGUGGUCCAGUGUUUAGCCCGCGGACCAUUCCUAGUGGAGUGCCUAACGGCAGACGCUGCCAAAGAACUUGAAUGUACAGUCGCCGAGUCAGAACUCUUGUCCUCUUUGGCUGAACUGUUAGACAUUUUAACUGUGGACCCUUCGUGUUCAGACUACAAAACAUUCAACGCGUCGAGAUUUCGUAAAGCCACGUCGGUGUUGAACCCCAGCCUCGUCACACCUCCGGGCGAGCCAAUGAGGCAGCAGGAUGCUGCUGAGUUUCUCAUGUGGCUCCUGGCCACAGUGCACACAAUCCUGAACAAAAAUCGACAAGCUCUUGAAUGUGAUCCGUCCAACCUGUCGAAUGAAGACAGAUUCUCAAGCCCGUGGUUGGCAAAACUCAAGCUGAUCUAUGGAGAUCUCAAUGCCCAUCGCAUCAAGGAGCUGAAAGAUCAGUGCAGGAGAGAGAUUGCGGUGGCGAACGGACUGGAGAACGAAUCGUACGCAGAGGCCAUCCAACGACUGUCAGACCUGGAGUGGCUGACACACAAACAGUCAAACGACACAGUGGUGGACGGACUAUUCACAGGCCAGCUGGUGGAGGCCUACCACAGCCUGGGGGCGGGGCACAUCUCAGUCAAUCUGCAGACGUUUAACGUGCUGCCUGUGCCCAUGUCAGCGCCGCGGCAAGCCUCGGGUCUGGUCAUGCUGGAGGACUGCUUCACCACCUUCUGUAACAUCGAGAACCUCUGUGAGGUCAUGGCGCAGCCUGCCUCUAUGGCAGCUGGCAGUAUGGAGCAAGGUGACGUGAAUUCGGCCGGUUCGCCGCCUUUGGUGAAUAUCUCGAAUAUGCCGCGUAGGAGGAAUGUGGGUGGGGUGCUCGGAGGGUUGGGGGGUAGCUCGGGAACACCGGUGACCAGAAAGUCGCUCCGCUUGUUGCAGCAUCAGCAGGAGCCGUCUCCCAUCAUCCACCAGGCUGUCUCCCCAUCGGUCGCGGGCUACAACGCACCCUCCAGCCUCCCCCAUCCUCUUAACAUUCCCUUCUCUCCGGUUGUUACGUUGUCGCUGGGGCAACAACAGCAGCAACACCUCAAUGAGCGACUCUCAGACAUAACAACGACUACCGCAGCCACCUUCAGAACGUCGACUCCAAUCGGAGCAGGAGGGAGCGAGGCCUCAUGUGGCGUCCCCGCUCACCCCACCAGCAGACUCCAGCGGCGGUGCUUGCUGCGACAACUCCCAGAAUGUCUCAUCAUCCAGUUGAUGCGUUUCCGCUUCGACCAGGUCACAAAAACACCCACAAAAGUCAACACAUCCGUCAGCAUCCGACUUCGGAGCUUCAACCUCCGGGACGUUAUCUACGACACGGUGACCCAGCGCAGCGACCUCACGGCCCAGUCCGGCGGCCAUGUUUACGAGCUGUACGGCUUGUGCCUCCACCUGGGGGCCAACAGUCUGUCCCAUGGUCACUAUGUCAGCUACACCCUGGACGCGGGGAAGUGGUACCGGAUGGACGACCAGGAUGUCCGCGAGGUCAACAUGGAGUACCAGUUGGGCACCGAGGAGAUCCGGCAGAAUGCUUACCUCCUUUUCUAUCGCAGGAUGAGUUCAGACAGUGUGUGAUACUCCUCCCUCAUCCGUCGCGAUUAUAUCUCUGUGCGUCUGAUACUUUCUCCGAUACUCCCUAGAUACUGUUCAUUUCCCCUGCCAACUCUACCACAUAUGGUAGAAUGAAUUGUACAUAUGUUAUGGUAUCAACUCUACCGUAUGGGGUAGUAUCUCCAGUAACAAUAUGAGAUGGUAUUGCCUGUACCAUACAUGGUAGUAUUGGCUGUAUGAUGGUAGUAUCAUCAGUAAGUGACAUAUUGUUGGACAGCUGUUGAAAUGUGCUAAGCUCAAAUUUUGAAACAUUUUUUGUUGCCAUUUCUUAAUCUCUGGUAUUGGUUACAGUGUGCUCAAGAAAUUUUUGGUCAAAAUUCAAUUUCUAAAUGUGGAAAUAAAAAGCAAGAAAAAUACAGAAUUCUGUAUACAACUGUUCAAGGAAUGAAACUGGUUUUUUUUUCUCUCCUGUAAAACUCUGCUUUUUUUAGCUUAAUGCAUUUUAACAGCAUACUGACGAUAUGUGUCUGGUGUUAACCGUAUCAAAAGGUUGUACUGUCGGUAAGUACCAUCAUGAGUGAUGGUAUGGACGAUACGAUAUAUGUGGUAGUAUCGGUGGUCAUCUUACCACAUAUGUGGCACGACGUCAACGUUUCCAUAUUUGAUGGUUUUGACCAUACCAUGCGUUGUGGUUUGGACCAUAUCAUAUGUGGUGGUAUCUGUAAAGAUGGGUCAGGGUGGUUGGAAUGUCUCCGGUCUCAGGAUGAGUUGUGACAUCUGUUGCUAUGGUGAUGCCGAUGACCACAGUGUGUGAAGGUUUACGUUUCACUGUCGACUUGAUGUAGUUUCUCUCCUCUGGAUGGACAAGAAUCUUGCAACUGUCUGUUGGUCAGUCUGUCUGUCUGUCUGUCUCUCUGUCUGUCUUGGUUUUCCCAUGCUCUAAAUGACUUUUAUUUUGUGUCAAGUGUUUGUUUUGACUCAAAACAAACGAAGGUGGACAAGAAAGGUAGCAGUUGCCGCUCUAUUCUUCAAGAGCCCUUCUUCUGGUGUAGAUAAUCUUGUUCUAUUCUUCAAGAGCCCUUCUUCUGUUGUAAGAUAGAGUUGUGAUAGUUUCUGGAGGCUCUUCACAUAACAACGGCAGAACAUAGUUGGUAGUUUGUAGGAUGCAACUGGUAGUAUACUUCUUUUCUUUUCCUUUUUUGUUACUGUCUGUUUGCUGUACUGUUUUUCUGCUUUAGAUGACUUUUUAAAAAAAUGAUGUCGAUUUAUUUCUCUUUAUUUGAACAAACAAAUUAGCCGGUAGAUAAAAGGGUAAAAGUAAAGUAUAACCCCUUAGUGGGCAACAUCCAGGUCAAGGUGGGGCUGCUGGUUUGUUUUACAGGAACAGGAAAUGGCAGACUGUUUCAAAUAUCGUCUCUAUAGGUUUUUUUCCUUCUGUCCCAGAGAACAGUUCGGAGUUGCUGGUGUAGUCACCAGUGUCUGUAUAUAUGCGAGGCAGCGUGGUGGAAUCAGGCUCUCGUCAAAUUUUGGGCAUGUAGAGUUAUUGGUAUCAUCUUA